AGGCAGACCAGUCCCAGAGUGAUGACGCGUUUCCUGCUCUCCCUGGGUAGGGGGCUCCGAGCCUGGAGUGAGCAGCAGCUGCAAGAAGCUGAGGAGGAGCAGAGCGCAGGAGCAGGCGGCACUGGCAGGCAAGGAAGCGGGGAAGGAAGCGAACUGCAGGGGUUAGGCGCUUUGCAAUGCAACAGUAACGCCUGUCCCGUGCUCUGCUGUGGGAUAACAUCCAGAUCUUGUUUGCCCCUGGACUGCAUUGCUGGUCUGUUCCGCUCCAUUAAAUGCCCAGAUCAGUUUGAAGGAAUCCAUCUGGUGACUGGAAAUAUUCCCUGUGGUCAAGCAACACUUUCAGCCAACCUUGGUUUUUUUAAUUAAAUGAACUUAAAUUUUGAGGUAUUUUUAGCGGGUUCCCACAAGUGAUCUGGCACUAUGGUGGCCCUGUCCUUGAAGAUCUGCGUCCGCCACUGCAAUGUGGUGAAGACGAUGCAAUUUGAACCAUCCACAGCAGUGUAUGAUGCAUGUAGAGUUAUUCGUGAGCGAGUGCCUGAGGCUCAAACAGGGCAAGCCUCUGACUAUGGACUGUUCUUGUCAGAUGAAGAUCCUCGGAAAGGUAUUUGGUUGGAAGCUGGAAGAACACUGGAUUAUUAUAUGCUGCGAAGCGGGGAUAUUUUGGAGUACAAAAAGAAACAGAGACCUCAGAAAAUACGAAUGCUGGAUGGGGCAGUGAAAACAGUUAUGGUGGAUGAUUCUAAAACUGUUGGUGAAUUGCUGGUUACCAUUUGCAGCAGGAUAGGAAUAACCAAUUAUGAAGAGUACUCCGUAAUCCAGGAGAGCAUUGAGGAGAAAAAGGAGGAGAGCACAGGUACACUUAAGAAAGACAGGACAUUGUUACGAGAUGAAAGAAAAAUGGAGAAGUUGAAGGCGAAGCUUCAUACAGAUGAUGAUUUAAACUGGCUAGAUCAUAGUCGAACAUUCAGAGAACAAGGAGUUGAUGAAAAUGAAACACUGCUGCUGAGGCGAAAAUUCUUCUAUUCAGACCAGAAUGUAGAUUCAAGAGAUCCUGUUCAGCUGAACUUGCUUUAUGUUCAGGCUCGAGAUGACAUUCUGAAUGGCUCCCAUCCGGUCUCCUUCGAGAAGGCUUGCGAGUUUGGAGGCUUUCAAGCACAAAUCCAGUUUGGACCUCAUGUAGAGCACAAACACAAACCUGGAUUUUUAGAUCUGAAAGAAUUCCUGCCUAAAGAAUACAUCAAACAAAGAGGAGCUGAAAAGAAAAUAUUUCAGGAACACAAGAAUUGUGGAGAGAUGACUGAAAUUGAAGCCAAAGUGAAGUAUGUUAAGCUAGCACGCUCCCUCAGGACGUAUGGAGUGUCCUUCUUUCUUGUUAAGGAAAAAAUGAAGGGCAAAAACAAGCUGGUCCCUCGUUUGCUAGGCAUCACCAAAGACUCAGUGAUGCGUGUGGAUGAAAAGACCAAGGAGGUGUUGCAGGAAUGGCCACUGACGACUGUGAAGCGCUGGGCUGCCUCUCCAAAAAGCUUCACUCUGGAUUUUGGUGAAUAUCAAGAAAGUUACUACUCAGUUCAAACCACUGAAGGAGAACAGAUUUCUCAGCUAAUUGCAGGUUACAUUGAUAUCAUACUGAAGAAGAAACAAAGUAAAGAUAGAUUUGGGCUCGAAGGUGAUGAGGAAUCAACAAUGUUGGAAGAAUCUGUGUCGCCUAAGAAAUCUACCAUCUUGCAGCAGCAGUUCAACCGAACCGGGAAGGUAGAACAUGGCUCGGUGGCAUUGCCUGCUGUGAUGCGUUCAGGCUCCAGUGGCCCAGAGACUUUCAAUAUUGGCAGCAUGCCUUCUCCCCAGCAACAAGUCAUGAUUGGGCAAAUGCACAGAGGCCACAUGCCUCCCCUGACCUCAGCACAGCAGGCCUUGAUGGGGACUAUUAAUACGAGUAUGCACGCUGUUCAGCAGGCACAGUCCGACCUCAAUGAAGUUGAUAACCUACCACCUCUAGGACAAGAUAUGGCAUCGAGGGUAUGGGUUCAGAACAAAGUUGAUGAAUCAAAACAUGAAAUUCACUCUCAGGUUGAUGCUAUCACUGCAGGAACUGCCUCUGUUGUUAACCUCACAGCAGGUGACCCAGUUGACACUGAUUACACGGCUGUGGGAUGUGCAAUUACAACCAUCUCUUCUAACCUGACUGAGAUGUCCAAGGGUGUGAAACUGCUUGCUGCCCUAAUGGACGAUGAAGUUGGAAGUGGGGAGGACCUCCUGAAAGCUGCUCGGACUCUGGCAGGUGCUGUUUCGGACCUGCUGAAAGCGGUGCAGCCCACCUCAGGAGAGCCUCGCCAAACAGUUUUAACUGCAGCUGGAAGCAUUGGGCAAGCCAGUGGGGAGCUCCUGAGACAGAUAGGAGAGAAUGAAACUGAUGAAAGAUUUCAGGAUGUACUGAUGAGUCUUGCCAAAGCUGUUGCAAAUGCUGCUGCCAUGUUGGUGUUGAAGGCUAAGAAUGUGGCUCAAGUUGCUGAGGAUAUGGUCCUGCAGAACAGGGUUAUUGCUGCUGCUACGCAAUGUGCACUGUCCACCUCUCAGCUUGUGGCAUGUGCCAAGGUUGUGAGCCCCACUAUCAGCUCUCCCGUAUGCCAGGAACAGCUGAUCGAGGCUGGAAAACUGGUGGAUCGUUCAGUGGAGAAUUGUGUCAGAGCCUGUCAGGCUGCGACAGAUGACUCUGAGCUGCUGAAGCAGGUCAGUGCAGCAGCCAGUGUAGUCAGCCAGGCCCUGAAUGACCUCUUGCAGCACGUCCGUCAGUUUGCAAGCAGGGGAGAGCCCAUUGGACGCUAUGACCAGGCAACGGAUACCAUUAUGUGUGUCACUGAAAGUAUCUUCAGUUCGAUGGGGGAUGCUGGUGAAAUGGUGCGGCAGGCCAGGGUACUUGCUCAAGCUACUUCGGAUCUUGUCAAUGCUAUGAGGUCAGACGCUGAGGCUGAAAUUGACAUGGACAACUCUAAAAAGCUUCUAGCUGCGGCUAAACUUUUGGCAGAUUCUACAGCCCGCAUGGUUGAAGCGGCAAAGGGGGCUGCAGCAAAUCCUGAAAAUGAAGACCAGCAGCAGAGACUGAGAGAAGCAGCAGAGGGACUACGGGUUGCCACAAAUGCAGCUGCUCAGAAUGCCAUCAAGAAGAAAAUUGUCAACAGAUUAGAGUUUGCAGCUAAACAGGCAGCAGCUGCUGCCACUCAGACAAUUGCAGCCUCUCAGAAUGCGGCUGUUUCCAACAAGAACACAGUAGCCCACCAGCAACUCGUCCAGAGCUGCAAGAAUGUUGCUGACCACAUUCCUCAGCUGGUGCAGGGUGUGAGGGGAAGCCAGGCUCAGGCAGAAGACCUCAGUGCUCAGCUUGCUCUGAUAAAUUCCAGCCAGAACUUCCUUCAGCCUGGAAGUAAGAUGGUGGCGUCAGCCAAAGCUGCAGUACCUACUGUAAGUGACCAAGCCGCAGCAAUGCAGCUAAGUCAGUGUGCCAAGAACCUUGCAACGAGCUUAGCUGAGCUAAGAACUGCCUCCCAAAAGGCUCAUGAAGCAUGUGGCCCUAUGGAAAUUGACUCUGCUUUGAACACAGUCCAAACACUCAGAAAUGAACUGCAAGAUGCAAAGAUGGCCGCUGUAGAUGGACAGUUAAAACCACUCCCAGGAGAAACGCUGGAAAAAUGUGCGCAGGACCUUGGCAGUACCUCCAAAGCUGUUGGUUCAUCAAUGGCCCAGCUGUUGACUUGCGCUGCUCAAGGCAAUGAGCACUACACAGGGGUUGCUGCCAGGGAGACGGCUCAAGCUCUGAAGACUUUGGCUCAGGCAGCACGAGGCGUUUCAGCAUCCACCACUGACCCAAUGGCAGCACAUGCAAUGUUAGAUUCUGCAAGGGACGUCAUGGAAGGCUCUGCUAUGCUUAUUCAGGAAGCAAAACAGGCUCUGGUUGCACCUGGGGAUGCAGAAAGUCAGCAGAGGUUAGCUCAGGUGGCCAAAGCAGUGUCUCACUCACUAAAUAACUGCGUGAAUUGUCUGCCUGGACAAAAGGAUGUUGAUGUGGCCUUGAAGAGCAUUGGAGAAUCCAGCAAGAAACUGCUUGUUGAUUCGCUGCCUCCAAGUUCUAAAUCUUUCCAAGAAGCCCAGAGUGAACUAAACCAGGCUGCAGCUGACCUGAACCAAUCGGCAGGGGAAGUGGUUCAUGCUACCCGAGGCCAAAGCGGAGAGUUGGCUGCAGCUUCCGGAAAGUUCAGUGAUGACUUCGAUGAGUUCCUUGAUGCUGGUAUUGAAAUGGCUGGUCAAGCACAAACUAAAGAGGACCAGAUUCAAGUAAUAGGGAACCUCAAGAACAUCUCUAUGGCUUCCAGCAAGCUACUGUUGGCUGCCAAGUCUCUCUCAGUUGAUCCUGGAGCUCCCAAUGCCAAGAACCUCCUAGCUGCAGCUGCAAGAGCAGUGACGGAGAGUAUUAACCAGCUCAUCACUCUGUGUACCCAACAGGCUCCUGGGCAGAAGGAGUGUGACAAUGCUCUCAGAGAACUGGAGACAGUUAAGGGAAUGCUGGAUAACCCCAAUGAACCUGUAAGCGACCUCUCAUAUUUUGAUUGUAUUGAAGGUGUUAUGGAAAACUCCAAGGUCCUUGGAGAGUCAAUGGCAGGCAUUUCCCAGAAUGCCAAGACUGGGGAUUUGCUGGUCUUUGGAGAAUGUGUUGGAGUUGCUUCCAAGGCUCUUUGUGGUCUCACAGAGGCUGCAGCCCAGGCCGCUUACCUGGUUGGCAUCUCAGAUCCCAACAGUCAGGCUGGUCACCAGGGGCUUGUCGAUCCUAUCCAGUUUGCCAGGGCCAAUCAGGCAAUCCAGAUGGCAUGUCAGAAUCUGGUGGAUCCAGCAAGUAGCCCAUCACAGGUUUUAUCAGCUGCCACAAUAGUGGCCAAGCAUACUUCUGCUUUGUGUAACGCUUGUCGUAUUGCUUCAUCGAAGACAGCCAACCCCGUUGCCAAGAGACAUUUUGUGCAAUCUGCUAAGGAGGUCGCAAACAGCACCGCCAACCUGGUGAAAACUAUCAAGGCCCUGGACGGUGAUUUCUCUGAAGAUAACCGCAAUAAGUGUAGAAUUGCGACUGCACCUUUGAUUGAAGCUGUGGAAAAUCUGACAGCAUUUGCUUCCAAUCCAGAGUUUGUCAGUAUACCAGCCCAGAUCAGCAUGGAGGGAUCUCGAGCACAGGAGCCAAUUCUGAUUUCUGCCAAGACGAUGUUGGAGAGCUCAGCUUUAUUGAUCAAAACUGCUCGUUCGCUGGCCAUCAAUCCAAAAGAUCCACCUACCUGGUCUAUACUUGCUGGGCAUUCGCACACGGUUUCAGAUUCAAUUAAGAGUCUGAUCACUUCCAUUAGGGACAAAGCCCCGGGCCAGAGAGAAUGUGAUUACUCCAUUGAUGGAAUCAAUAGAUGUAUUAGAGAUAUUGAGCAGGCUUCCCUUGCAGCAGUCAGUCAGAACUUGGCCACAAGGGAUGACAUCUCAGUUGAGGCUUUACAGGAGCAGUUGACAUCAGUUGUUCAGGAAAUUGGGCACCUUAUUGAUCCCAUAGCAACAGCAGCUCGGGGAGAGGCAGCUCAGCUGGGACACAAGGUUACGCAACUGGCGAGUUACUUUGAACCCCUGAUUUUAGCUGCAGUUGGUGUGGCAUCCAAGAUGCUAGAUCAUCAGCAACAGAUGACUGUCCUGGACCAGACAAAGACACUAGCAGAAUCUGCCCUCCAGAUGCUGUAUGCAGCCAAAGAAGGAGGAGGAAAUCCCAAGGCAUCUCACACUCAUGAUGCAAUCACAGAGGCUGCUCAGCUGAUGAAGGAGGCAGUGGAUGAUAUAAUGGUUACAUUGAAUGAAGCUGCCAGUGAAGUGGGCAUGGUUGGAGGUAUGGUAGACUCAAUAGCUGAGGCCAUGAGCAAGCUGGAUGAGGGCACACCUUCAGAUCCAAAGGGAACAUUUGUUGAUUAUCAAACUACUGUAGUGAAAUAUUCUAAAGCCAUUGCUGUAACAGCACAGGAAAUGAUGACUAAGUCGGUUACUAACCCGGAGGAGUUGGGAGGACUUGCAUCACAAAUGACCAAUGACUAUGGGCAUUUGGCUCUCCAGGGCCGAAUGGCAGCAGCCACAGCUGAACCAGAGGAGAUAGGAUUCCAGAUCAGGACUCGGGUACAGGAUCUUGGUCAUGGAUGUAUCUUUCUAGUACAGAAAGCUGGAGCUCUACAGAUUUGCCCUACGGACAGCUACACCAAGAGGGAGUUGAUAGAAUGUGCUCGUGCUGUCACUGAAAAGGUUUCCUUAGUUCUGUCUGCCCUUCAAGCAGGAAACAAAGGUACUCAGGCUUGUAUCACUGCAGCUAGUGCUGUGUCGGGGAUAAUUGCAGAUCUGGACACAACUAUCAUGUUUGCUACAGCUGGAACCCUUAAUGCUGAGAACAAUGAAUCAUUUGCGGAUCACAGGGAAAAUAUCCUGAAAACAGCAAAAGCUUUAGUUGAAGAUACAAAAUUGCUCGUGUCUGGGGCUGCCUCAAGUCAGGAUAAACUAGCCCAAGCAGCUCAGUCAUCGGCUACCACCAUCACACAACUGGCAGAGGUGGUAAAACUGGGAGCAGCCAGUUUGGGAUCAGAUGACCCUGAAACUCAGGUUGUACUGAUCAAUGCUAUUAAGGAUGUUGCUAAGGCCCUUUCUGAUCUCAUUGGUGCUACAAAAGGAGCUGCUAGCAAACCAGCAGAUGAUCCAUCAAUGUACCAGCUCAAAGGCGCAGCUAAGGUGAUGGUAACCAAUGUCACAUCACUUCUGAAGACUGUUAAAGCAGUUGAAGAUGAAGCCACUCGAGGCACAAGAGCUCUCGAGGCCACGAUUGAGUGCAUCAAACAGGAACUCACGGUGUUUCAGUCGAAGGAGAUUCCAGAAAAGACAUCAUCACCUGAAGAAUCGAUCCGGAUGACGAAAGGAAUCACCAUGGCAACUGCCAAAGCUGUUGCAGCUGGGAACUCAUGCAGACAGGAGGAUGUGAUUGCUACAGCGAAUCUGAGCCGCAAAGCAGUAGCUGAUAUGCUAACAGCUUGUAAGCAAGCUUCCUAUCACCCAGACGUGAGUGAAGAUGUUAGAGCGAGAGCGCUGCGAUUUGGAACAGAAUGUACCCUGGGAUACUUGGAACUCCUAGAACAUGUCCUCCUGAUUCUUCAGAAGCCAACCCCAGAACUGAAGCAUCCGUUGGCUGCCUUGUCAAAGCGGGUUGCUGGUGCUGUGACAGAGCUUAUCCAGACAGCAGAAGCAAUGAAAGGCACAGAGUGGGUGGAUCCAGAGGACCCAACAGUCAUUGCUGAGACAGAGCUACUGGGGGCUGCAGCUUCAAUUGAGGCUGCAGCAAAGAAGUUAGAGCAGUUGAAACCACGAGCCAAGCCAAAGCAAGCCGAUGAGACUCUGGAUUUUGAAGAACAGAUCCUGGAAGCAGCUAAAUCCAUUGCAGCUGCUACCAGUGCCCUAGUCAAGUCAGCCUCGGCAGCCCAGAGGGAGCUGGUGGCACAGGGAAAGGUUGGAGCUAUCCUUGCAAAUGCAGUGGAUGAUGGACAGUGGUCUCAGGGACUUAUUUCCGCUGCCCGAAUGGUGGCAGCUGCAACCAGCAAUCUGUGUGAGGCAGCUAAUGCCUCGGUACAAGGUCAUGCUAGCGAGGAGAAACUCAUCUCAUCUGCCAAACAAGUUGCGGCUUCUACAGCACAGUUACUUGUGGCUUGCAAAGUGAAGGCUGACCAAGACUCUGAGGCCAUGAGAAGAUUACAGGCUGCGGGGAAUGCUGUUAAACGAGCAUCUGACAAUCUUGUCAGGGCAGCUCAGAAAGCAGCAUUUAGGAAAGCGGAUGACGACGAUGUGGUGGUCAAAACCAAGUUUGUGGGCGGCAUCGCUCAGAUCAUUGCAGCCCAGGAGGAAAUGCUGAAGAAGGAAAGAGAGCUGGAAGAGGCAAGGAAAAAACUGGCUCAGAUCCGCCAGCAGCAGUAUAAAUUUCUCCCCACAGAACUGAGAGAAGAUGAGGGCUAAACUGCUGAGAUGUUUUUUUUUAAUGAAAUGAGCUCAAGGGGGACAGUACAGAGAGAACUAACCUGACAGCAUUCUGAUAUGCCAAGCACUUACCUAAACAAAUUGCCUGUAAUAGCUUUAGGUGAGCAGAGUGCAAUAAACAUUUGUUCUUUCUCAUCUGUUCAGCUAAGGUGCGUGCUCAUCAAACAGAUGGUACAGUGUUAAGUCCACCAUUCCUGUUCCUUCCUUCCCUGUCUCACUGUAUCUCAGGAGAGAAUGCCUCACUUUUUCCAGAAGGGUAUAAAAUCAGUAUUACGUCAUUACCUUAAGCUUGAUCUAUUUAUUGUUCCUUGACCUGUUGUAAGACUUUGUUAAUAUUAAUAGGAAAACCGUUUAUCAUAGCUAUCUAUCACUAUGGAACCAGUGGAUUUUUUUUCCUCCAACAAGAAGACCAAGAUUGAGGUGAAUAUUUAUUUGAGAGGAAAAGGCACCUGAGCGUGGGUUCUAGAGAUUUUGUUCUCUUUCAGUGAAGCUGGUUCACCCCAGGAUUGGAGGGAUCUUCUUUGUACCUGUUUGCACUAGUUUUAUUAGUUCCUGUACCAGCUUCUGCUUGUACAGUAUUUAGAUUCACAGUUCCCGGGCCUGCAAAACAUGAUAGUAUCCAUUCUUUUCAUUGUUCAAAUAAACCAAGAAAUGGAAAUCUUGUCACGGUCUUAGUACCAGGUUUAUGAAGGAAAAUGUUUUUCAAUUAUAUACCUCUCAAUGUGCGACUACUUUUACAAUAGGAAACAUCCACAAAAACUCAAUUAACAUUGGACUGAAUAGUUCCUUUCGAAGUAUCUUAUCUGGCUCAAACUGUGGGAUUUCUGCUAGAAUGUAUGCUAGCUGAAGUAGAGACAUUCUUAGUACUACAAAAGACUACCAGAACUCUUGCUAUUCUCAUAAGGAUUUUAUUUCUAAUUGUUUUGUUUUGAAAUCAAGAUGGGUUGUUUUUUGGUUGUUUUUUGUGUGUGUUUGGUUUUUUUGAAGAAACUUAUAGCUGUUUUAGAAAGAGCCCUUUUCCGAAAUAUAAAAGAACAUCUGCAAGUCUGAAGUAUGGACGCUUGGAAGUUGAUAUUUUCCUAAUUUGCAUUGGUCAAAAUACCCUCUCUAAGGAACUACAUUGCGGAGAAAGGAUAGAAGAAAUUGUACUUAUGUCUUGAGUUUCAAAAGGUACUGUAAUUUUCUCAAUCUCUGAUGUGGCAUAAACCCACAGUGUGGACUACAGAUAUAACAUGACACGUUUCCAAGAUGGGUAGAGUCAAUGGUGCAUUUUAUAAUGUCUGAUUAAAAACAAUGCAGAAACCAGAACUAGCAAAAGCCACCUAUUAGACCAGCUACAGAAACAAGGUCUUUCUUAACCGUGGUUCUCCAGCAUAUGCCCAUCCCUGCACACGCCCUCUGAGCAAAUAAUGUCAAGUCCAUUUGGGUCAAAGUAUGUUGUUGCUCCACUUCUUCUGAAAGCCAUGCUGCCAUUUUAGAUACCUACCACUACUUCCAACUGAGCCAGUUGUGUUAGAUACCUACCCACUUAAUUGCCCUUGUUGCAGAAGUACUUGUCACAUAGACUCAGAAGUAACCCUCUUGUGUUAGGUUACCAAUUUAGAUAUUGAUAACUUCUCAUUUAAGUUACUUGCAUGUAUUAUACCUAUCGGAAAUUUUGUCACACUAGUAUAAAUAUAUCACAAAAAUCCAUAGAAAAUAAAUAUUAAAAUGUACAAAUUUUUUUAGUGUCUCUUCUCUGAUGCUGAAGUAUUUGAGACUCAGUGGAAUUUUGGAUUCUCAGUAAAUGAUGAGAGAGCAGUUGGCAAGCCCUGAGUAGAAUCCUUUUGAUAGGAGCAAUAUGGAUUUGCGUAAGUGUGUCCAAAAUGAGCCUCUUCCCUAACUGCGUAGACCAGGUAAAAUGAGACUGAAGGCAGUGUGUAGCCUCUCUGUACGCAACUGCCACCAGAGAGAGAUUCCAGUCUAGGCUUUACAACCCCAGCAGUAGCUGUAUUGGUUAGAUUGUCACCAUGAGUUUGUGCAAUGAGUCCAGUGAGCAAUGGCACAAAACAUCUAUAUAAAAAAUUAUUUAGAAAAAACAAAUCCUUCAUUUAAGAUUUUUAAGUAAUCUGGAAGGCUGAAACACAGCUUAUUUUUGUAGGCUCUAAAUACACAUGGUCUUAUCCAAGCUUUCUGCUGCUUUUGCUUAUUCAGUAUAUCAGGCUUUCAGUUUGUAGCGUUUUCUUUUGCUUACCUGGAUAGUAUCAACAUUCCUGUCACUUCUUUAAAGAUUUUGGGGUGGGGGGUGGGGGUGGUCAAUGUCUUGCAGAUUUUUUCUGAUACUACAUAUUGCUUUUAUUUCUCUGUAAUUUAAAGUACUCCAAGUAACGUGACGUUUUCACUAAUAAUGUACCAGUGCUUCACUGUGAUCACUGUGGUACAAUAACGCAGCAUUUUAAUUAUGCAGACAGUGCGAAUGGUAUUUCUGUUUUAGGAAAAGAAUAAGCCAAAACCCCAGUAAAAUUAAAUUGUAUACAGAAAUUGUACUGCUAGGAUUUUUUCAAGCUAAUAGUAAUUUUUAUGUUCAAAUCAUCCUCUUGUCAAAGUUGUGAGGGAAAUUAAUUUCAGUACUUAUACUUGACGGAUGUUGCUUCCUCAGGCAAUUGCCCUGCUUGCAAGCCCCUAACGCAGGCCCUGGCUUUUAUAUGCAGAAAACCAGCUGUUGUGGCACAGAUGGGCCAUGGAGUUUUUAUAGCAUGUUGGGGGGCGGCUCAAAGAAAAAGGUUGAGACCCCCGCCCUACACAGAAGGUUACUGGGCAGCAAGCCAAGGUGUGAACCUACAGCACAAUAGUUUGCGGCACAGUAACAUCGCCUUUGGAUACUGCUAGAGUGCACUCUGGGACAUUCAGACAUUAUUGCACAGCAAGCUAGUGCACUGUAGAUGCACGCUGGCUUGCCAUUCAGUAACUUUCCAUAUUGACAAACUUGGGAUAUCCAGCAGACUAGCUGCAGUGUUUUUCAGCUUGAUUUUUGGAUUUCUAUCUGGGAGACCGCUAGAUUCCACAAACUCAUUUGAAGUCCAUUUCACUUUCUUCUCAUCUGUGGGACUUGUAGUAACACUGAAAUCAAAGUUAGAACAUCUGUGGUGUUUGUAAUUAAUGCAGUGCAGUUAUUUGGCAUGGAGAGUUGCAACAGAAAAUCUCAGGCAGGAAUGAGGAUUGGGUAGUAAUUAGACCUAUUUUCUUCCUUACCUAUUCUUCUGGGUUUUAAGUUUUGAAAUAGCAAACAAGUUACGUAGUAUCUUGCCCAUCUUCGUGAUGUGGAACUUGCUUUAAGAAAUGUCUGGAAAUUAAAAGCAAAAUGUCUCAAAGUUCUGAAUGUACAAAUAUUCUAGGGAGGCUUUACACGAAGGUCCAGAAGAUAAGUUGGAAUUGGAGGGAACACUUCUAUAGUUUGUCUAAACUUUUCUUUUUUCUAGGCCAGCAACCGCAAAGUGAGGGAUGGGGAAGAGUUUUUUAAAACCAAAAGUUGAAGACUGAGCUCUUGCUUCCUUUUGUCCAAUUGCCUUUGAUCUCCUGCAUCUUCAGACUAGUUUCGAUGACAGAAUCUAUCAGAAUUACAGCAUAAAUGGUCUUUUAAAUUUACCUAGGAAAUAGAGGUUUUUCUAGCCUCACAUUACUAAAAAACACUCAGACCAGGCCCCAGAACAUGCUGAUGACAAGGCCAUCAAGGAAUACAUCUUAUGUUUUGUGCCAUGGCUAAUCCGUUCUUCUUUUGAUCAUUACUCUUGGAGCUUUUUGUGCCUUAUUAUGUAUAUUAAAAGCUCCUGCCCUAUCUUAGACUUAAAGUUGGGGAAAGUUAAACUUUAUGUACUGUUGGUUUCUUUGAGCUUGUAUAGAAAUUUGGAAGAUUUCAGUGGACUCGGCUCAUCAUCCCGAGUCGAUAUUAAUCCUGGAACUCUCUUUUCUGUAUUUGCAGUAAUAUAAAGAGAAAUACACUGCUCAAAAGGGUGUGUGUUUGUUAGUGCCUGUUACCAGCAAUUUUACGACAUUGCUGGUAACACGACACAAUUCCGAUAGUCAACACUCCCAUAGAGCUUACAUAGCAUCUACAAAGUUAAUACCUUUUUUUUUUUUAGGUAAUAUAUGUUACCAGUCUGCUACUGAUUACUGUAAGGUAACCAUUUAUGCUGGACUUACCAUAUUAACUAAUGCUGCAGUGAAAUCCGACCAGUUAGGUGCUAACGUUGUUGAUACAAUAUUCUACAUUAAGCAAAAUCUCAAAAGAGAUGAAGCUAGUGGACUGCUGAACUUCACUACACCUAGCAGAGAUGUGGAAUGGCAGCACGGUGGCUAGAGUAGAUUUUUCUCUACCGUCCAUCCUUAAUACUAACCAGAGCAAGAAUACAACUGGUAAUAAAUGGGGAAAAGCAGCAUAGGAAAGCUUUGCUACAAUUUUUCUGAAACAGAGAAAUUUAAGUGGAUCUCUGUCUUUAAACAACAACAAAAUCAUUCUAAACUGGGCAUGGGCCAACAGAAUAACAUGUCCUAUCCACCUAUAGCAGAGAGCUGACAAACUUUACCAUGCAUGUCUUAAAAGCCUAAUACCUCCAUGGCUUAGUUCUGUUCUAACUUGCCUUGUAAGGCAACCAAGUAUCUUUUAAUAUAAAAAUGACAAGGAUGUAAACAUGAUACUUUUUUCAUGUCCUUUAUUUCAUUUUCAUGUGGCAACACGGUAUAUGAAAGAUAAUUACUUUGCCUAGAGAGAAUUCCUGUCCAUCAAUAGAGUAAUAUAUUGAGUUGUAAGUAAUUAGGGCUGUCUUUGUUGCUUUAAAAAAAUCAAACCACUAUGGAUUUUUUUCUUACUGAAAUUUACUAACUUUAUUAAUAUGAUUGCAGCUGAAGAACCUUCUGAGUGAGACAGUUUUAUAGUGGUAUGUUUGCAAGUCGUGCUGGAGUUUGGGGUGUGAGCUCAUGUUCUGUAGCUCAACUUUCUCCUAGAGCUUAAACCACACAGAAAAGCAUGAAGGGGGUUAGCCAUGCUGUUACACUGUAUGUAUGCUGUUUAUCUGGCCACAAAAAGUAUUUUUUUGUAUUCACCAAAAAUAAACUUUUGAAGGAA